AUAUAUGGUAGAAAGAAAGAUAGAACCGCGAACGUGGCCACGUUGCUAGUUGCUCCGACUUAAUCGAGUCGGAGUUUCCUGUCAAGUUCCCGCGAUGUCGUUGGUCGCAAAUGGAGUGCAUAAUUUCUUCAGCGAAUUCUUCCUAUUCGGAGAAUCGUCCGCGAAUUAUUCUCGAUUGAUUAAUUGAGCACAAUUGAGUGAUCAGAGAGAGAAAGAGAGAGAGACUACAUUGUACAGUCUCUUGCGUCUCGAAGACGAAUAAAUGGUGAACGGUGAUGUGGAAAAGAGAUGGUGCGAACGCAAUAAUUAUAACGGAUUAUCAAUUAUAAAUAAUUCUCGAAGACGCAGACUAUUUUGAAAAAGAACACUACAGUUAAUCAAAGCGUUGCAUAAUUCGACUGAAAUAAGCUGUUACGCGCCCUUGAUGAAACUAUUAAUUAAUAAAGCAAGACUAGGAGCGAUUAACGAAGCAGCUGAUGAGUUUUAGUUUGACGAAACGUGAGGCGAUUGAUUAAACGUUAAUAAAACGGGACUAGAGAGCAAAAAAGAGAGGGAGAAAGAGAAAAUUGAGAGAGUCCCGUUAAUGUUAUCGAAGGCCGCAAUAAAGGAAGAGCGUGAAGGACGUGAAAGAUCAAUCGGGUGUCGUGACACAUGUUACGUGCGAAAUGUCGAGAAGGUGCGAGAACGCAUCCUGCGUUAAGGACUCCGUUUUCGAGCUACGUACGCGGAUGGCCCGGAUGCUGUCCAUCGUCGAGAUUACCUCGCAGAAGGACAAUACGAUGGCGCGUCAGGAUGGCAGAGAUGCCGCGGAUCAGAAUUUUGAUUACAUGUUCAAAUUGCUGAUAAUCGGCAACUCAUCUGUCGGAAAGACUUCCUUCCUCUUUCGCUACGCGGACGACUCCUUCACCUCGGCUUUCGUGUCGACCGUGGGAAUUGACUUUAAAGUGAAGACCGUCUUCAGACACGACAAAAGGGUCAAGUUACAGAUCUGGGACACGGCGGGUCAGGAGAGAUACAGAACGAUCACAACGGCCUAUUACAGAGGCGCGAUGGGUUUCAUCUUAAUGUAUGACAUCACAAACGAGGAGUCCUUUAACUCAGUCCAGGACUGGGUUACGCAAAUAAAGAACUAUUCGUGGGACAACGCCCAGGUAAUCCUCGUGGGCAACAAGUGCGACAUGGAAGAAGAGAGGGUGAUCAGCUCCGAGAGAGGUAAACAGUUGGCGGAACAAUUAGGGGUUCGAUUCUUCGAGACCUCGGCCAAAGAAAAUAUCAAUGUUAAGGCGGUGUUCGAGACGCUGGUGGAUAUAAUAUGCGACAAGAUGAGCGAAUCCUUGGACAAUGAUCCAACCCUGAUGGCGGGCGGUAUGGGUCAGACCGGCAAGGGUCAACGACUCACCGAUCAGCCGACCAAUCCAGCGAACGCUAACUGUAAUUGCUAAAAAUAUGCGGCGACACGCGGAAGGGAGAGAAGAAACCCAGAGAGAUCGUAUGUGUGUGUUGCACGUGUGUGUUGCGUGUGUUGGAAAGGAGGGAAAAGAAAAAAAGGAGGCGAAAGUGUCGUGUGUGCGACGCUGGCGAGUUAACUAGUCCACUUACUUCGUCGUUCCUUCGUUACGUUAUUUACUACGGAGGCCGUAUUUUGUUCUCAUCUAAUAUUUCCUUUCAUCCUUUCUUGGCGCGAGAUCACAUGUAAAAUGAAUCUAUAAUGUACGCUAUAAUUAUAUAUACAUAUAUAUAUAUAUAUAUACACAUAACGAUUGUGAUCAUCGAGGUACGACCGAAUUGGCCAACGACCGAUCGGUCGUGGUCCUCCUUUCGGUUCAUCCGCUUGACGAGAGUCAGGGAUGGACUUGGACAAGUUCAAAUUUCCAUGCCGCAGACACGUUAAUCAUCGCGCUCUCUUCAGAUAUAAACGUACACUGGAAAAAAAAUUUUGUUGGAUUAACAAAAAUUCUGUUUGAAAA